UUGCUGUUCAACAAAGACGCCUGGGCUUGGAAGGGCCCUGUGAUCCCCUUGGCUUUAGAAUGGGCAAUGCUGUAGAAAAACAGAAGCCCUUGAGACGAAGCCAACUGUGCCCCUGGAAACAAGACUCUCAGCGCUCUCAUCUCUCCUCCUUCACCAUGAAGCUGAUGGACAAAUUCCACUCGCCCAAAAUCAAGAGAACACCAUCAAAGAAGGGAAAGCCUGCCGAGGUGUCUGUGAAGAUUCCAGAGAAGCCUGUGAACAAAGAGGCAAGAGACAGAUUUCUACCAGAGGGCUACCCUAUCCCCUUGGAUCUGGAGCAGCAGGCAGUAGAAUUUAUGUCCACCAGUGCUGUGGCUUCCAGGUCUCAGAGGCAGAAGAACCUGAGCUGGCUGGAGGAGAAGGAGAAGGAAGUCGUCAGUGCCUUGCGCUACUUUAAGACCAUUGUGGACAAAAUGGCUGUGGACAAGAAGGUGCUGGAGAUGCUCCCGGGCUCUGCCAGCAAGGUGCUGGAGGCCGUCUUACCUCUGGUGCAGACUGACCCUCGUAUCCAGCACAGCUCAGCCCUCUCCUCCUGCUACAGCCGAGUGUACCAAAGUCUUGCCAACCUCAUCCGUUGGUCUGACCAGGUGAUGCUGGAAGGCGUGAACUCAGAAGACAAGGAGAUGGUGACAACUGUGAAAGGAGUCAUCAAAGCUGUUCUGGAUGGAGUAAAGGAGCUGGUCAGGCUGACCAUCGAGAAGCAGGGGCGGCCAUCUCCAACAAGCCCAGUAAAGCCCAGUUCCCCAGCCGGCAAGCCUGACGGCCAGCCUGAGCUCCCCCUGACAGACCGAGAGAUGGAGAUUCUAAACAAGGCGACAGGUGUGUCUCCGUCAACUGAGCUUCUCCCAGACUCCACAGAUGAAGAGGUUGCGCCCCCCAAGCCUCCUUUACCUGGCAUUAGGGUGGUUGAUAACAGUCCACCAGCAUUGCCACCCAAGAAAAGACAGUCGGCACCGUCCCCUACCCGGGUGGCUGUGGUAGCCCCUAUGAGUCGGGCCACCAGUGGCUCCAGUUUGCCUGUUGGAAUUAAUAGGCAGGAUUUUGAGGUUGACUGUUAUGCACAGAGGCGACUGUCAGGGGGCAGCCACUCAUAUGGCGGAGAGUCUCCCCGCCUCUCCCCCUGCAGCAGCAUAGGCAAGCUCAGCAAGUCGGAUGAGCAGCUCUCUUCUCUGGACAGGGACAGUGGACAGUGCUCCCGGAACACAAGCUGUGAAACACUAGAUCACUAUGAUCCCGACUAUGAAUUCCUCCAGCAAGACCUCUCCAACGCAGACCAGAUACCUCAGCACGUGGCCUGCAACCUUAGCCCGCUGCCGGAGUCCUUGGGGGAGACUGGGUCUCCGUUUCCCAGCCAUCCUUUCCAGCUGCCUCUUGGAAGCUGUCCCCCGUCUGAGGGACCCUCUGCCCUGGGGCGGCAGACAGACACACCACCUGCUUUGCCUGAGAAGAAGCGUCGGAGCGCAGCUUCCCAGGCCUCGGACAGUGCUGGCUGCAGGGCAUCCUAUGAGCGGCACCCCUCGCAGUACGACAACAUCCCCGAGGACGACCUACAGAACCCAGCCCCAGCUCUCCCCUAUACGCCCUUCGCUGCUGUCCUCCCCUUUCAGCAAGGAGGCUCCUCAACCCCCAUCGAGUUUGUGGGUGAUUUUACUGCUCCCGAGUCAGCGGGGGAUCCAGAGCAGCCACCUCCUCUACCAGAGAAGAAAAACAAACACAUGCUGGCCUACAUGCAGUUGCUGGAGGACUACUCGGAGCCGCAGCCCUCCAUGUUCUACCAGACGCCACAGAACGAGCACAUUUACCAGCAGAAGAACAAGCUACUCAUGGAAGUGUACGGUUUCAACGACUCCUUCAGUGGCGGGGAUUCUCUGCAGGAACUGGCCCCACCGCCCGCCCUGCCCCCCAAACAGCGGCAGCUGCAGGCCUCCUAUGCUGCUUCUUCCUUCUCCUCUGUCUCCUACUGUGUGCAGCAAACUAAAGUGGCCUUCACCCCCGAGGACGGCAGUGCCACUCAGGGCCUCAGUGUGUCCGUGUCUAACUCCUUUCUCAGCCGGCACGGCAGCUUGCCUGUGCCCUCGUACAAAUCUGUGUUUAGGUCCUACUCCCAGGACUUCGUGCCUCACCACCAGGCUUCCGUCCAACCUUUCCUUCCGCCUACCUCCUCUUCCUCUCCGCAUUUCCCACCUGUCCACCCGUCUCAGAGCUCGGACUUGGCGGUGCCUGCCGUAGCCGGUCCGCCUCCCAGCACCAUGGCCGGGCCUCUCUCAUCCUCUCAGGAGAGCAGCUUUCAUGGGAACACUGUCUGCCUUCCUUCCGAAACCUCUUGCGCUGACUCGAGCGAAAACGCCAGUGAGGAAGCUGGUGAGGGUGAAUAUGUCAGUCUGUAUUCCUCUGGCCAGAGCAGCGAGGAGCUGGCUCCCUCUCGAGGAGAAUCGCCAGCUGGGAAAGACGGACAUUCCAGAGAUCCCUCAGCUGUUGGCAGUGCCCCUGGGAAGGACAGCAGAGAUGGUGGUGAGAGGUCCCCAAAGUCACCUGACACUCUGGAGUCAGCUCAGUCGGAGGAGGAAGUAGAUGAGCUGUCCCUUAUUGACCACAACGAAAUUAUGGCCAGGCUGACACUCAAGCAAGAGGGAGAUGAUGGGCCAGAUGUACGUGGAGGAUCUGGAGACAUCUUACUGGUUCAUGCUACUGAGACGGACAGGAAAGAUCUGGUGCUGUACUGCGAAGCCUUCCUGACCACCUACAGGACCUUUAUCAGCCCCGAGGAGCUCAUCAAGAAACUGCAGUACCGCUAUGAGAAAUUCUCUCCCUUCGCCGACACAUUCAAGAAGCGCGUCAGCAAGAACACGUUCUUCGUGCUGGUGCGGGUGGUGGAUGAGCUCUGCCUGGUGGAGCUGACAGAGGAGAUCCUGAAGCUGCUGAUGGAGCUGGUCUUCCGCCUGGUGUGCAAUGGGGAGCUCAGCCUGGCUCGCGUGCUCCGGAAGAACAUCCUAGACAAGGUGGACCAGAAGAGACUGCUCAGGUGUGCCAACUCCGACCAGCCCCUGGCAGCCCGGGGUGUUGCAGCCAGGCCAGGGACCUUGCAUGACUUUCACAGUCAUGAAAUAGCCGAGCAGCUGACACUGUUGGAUGCUGAGCUCUUCUAUAAAAUAGAGAUUCCUGAGGUUUUACUUUGGGCAAAAGAACAGAAUGAGGAGAAGAGCCCUAACCUGACCCAGUUCACAGAGCACUUCAACAACAUGUCCUACUGGGUCCGGUCCAUAAUCAUGUUACAGGAAAAAGCCCAGGACAGGGAGCGGCUGCUCUUAAAGUUCAUCAAGAUCAUGAAGCACCUGCGGAAGCUAAAUAACUUCAACUCCUACCUGGCCAUCCUCUCAGCGCUGGAUUCAGCGCCCAUCCGUCGGCUGGAGUGGCAGAAGCAGACCUCAGAGGGCCUGGCCGAGUACUGCACUCUGAUUGACAGUUCGUCCUCCUUCCGAGCCUACCGGGCCGCCCUCUCAGAGGUGGAGCCCCCCUGCAUCCCAUACCUGGGUCUGAUCCUGCAGGACCUGACCUUUGUCCACCUGGGGAACCCGGACUACAUCGAUGGCAAAGUGAACUUUUCCAAACGGUGGCAGCAGUUCAACAUCCUCGACAGCAUGCGGUGCUUCCAGCAGGCGCAUUACGACAUCCGGAGAAAUGAUGACAUUAUAAACUUCUUCAAUGACUUCAGUGACCACUUGGCCGAGGAGGCCCUAUGGGAACUCUCUUUGAAAAUUAAGCCCAGGAACAUAACAAGGAGGAAAACAGAUCGGGAAGAGAAGACCUAGGAGCCAUGCUUCACGAGGAGAGUGCUCAAGGUUCUUGGAGCCUGAGGACCUGGGGCCUGCCCAGUGGGCUGCAGCGUCCCAGCCUCAGCCUGGCUCGGCUGUGCUGGGCAGCCCAGAGCCUGCCAGCAGCUUCCCGCCUCCCUCCCUGCGGCACAGCCCCGGGGUCCAGUGGAGCCGGCAGGCGGGUCUCAGUGCUGAUUUGUGAACCGGUGGUUCCCCCUCCUCACCCCACCCCCUUGGGUUUUUUGGGUUUUUUUUUUCCACUUUCACCUCCACUAUCCCCUCUCACCCUUCCUGGACCCUCCAGCCUGGGAGCAGCACAGAGAAGUCAGCAGCAGACCGCACCCCCACCCAGGGCCAGGACCCUUGAGUCUCCUGAAAUGUCAGGCAGUGGAGGCUGAGGACCCUCUGGGCACACUGCCCUCCAGGACACCUGGGAGAGGGGAGGUGCAGCAGAGGGACAGAGGGCCAGGGGCAGGCACCUCUUACUUUCCAUUCCCUGGAUUUUCAAUGUGGAGGGUGGAGUGAGCGUGGCUGGCCCAGGAGGUAUGACGGGUGGCCUUCAGCAGCCCUGGGCUCAAGUCCUGGUACUGGCCCAGGCCUGUCAUGCAUCCAUGCUGCACAGGCUGCCCUGCUGGUCCUCGAGGACCUAUUUCCCCUUCAGCUCCCCAGCGCAGGCCCCCAGGCCCCUGCCCACAUCAUCCAGGCUCUGGGAGCAGGAGGACUUUGUCGUCACAGAAAUUGAGUAGGGGGGUGGCAGAGCUGAGCCAGUGGGGGCUGGGGGGAGGAGUUCCGCUGUCCUGGGGAGAGGUGGGCAGCCCCCUCUGCACUUGCUGUGUGCCUUAAACUCCAUCUCCUGUUCCUCCCUCCCCACAGGCUUCCCUCCUACUUUGUCCCACCCUGGGGUCCAGCAGGCUGCUACACAGUGCUCCCCAGGGUGCAGGCGGGAGAGGCCUGCUGCAGACAUGUCCCGAGCUGCCCAGGAAAGCAGCCCCCAGGAAGGUGCCCGCCUCUUCCUUGUUGAGCUCCUGGCUGCUCCCAGGGCCCAGCAGGCAGGGUGCAGGUGGGAACCCCUGUGCCCCCCCACACCCCGCCCAUUCUGCAUGAUGCGCUCACUUCUCCCAAGAGUGGGAUUUGGUCAAGUGAGCACCAGAUCUAACCGAGCUUCCCCAGCCCCGUUUCCACAAAACAAAAGGUAGAAAGCGACAGCGUUGCUAAGUCCUUCGUGGAUUUUAAGCAGCUUUUAUCAAGAAGAAAGUCGGGGCUGGCGUUUUUGUUUUUGUUUUGUUUUGUUUUUUUCCUCUUUUGUGUUUUAUUUGUCCUGUAAAUAGAGGGAGGAUGUCUGUGAAAUAUCACUGAGCGCCCUCUCUGGCAGCAGCCCUGCUGGCGGCUGGAACCUGUCACUUUAUUAUUUAAGGAGUGUGUGUGUGUGCAGUUGGGUUCCCUGGCAGUGUUGUGCGGGUUGGGUCCGGUUUGUUCCCUCUCGGGUGAGUCCUUUCAUUUCAGCCCCUGCCUCUUGCUGCCUAUCCGUGUCCAGCCCUGAGUGCUGCUGUGGGGGGGGGAGCUAUGCACACAGGGCCCGGGUGUGCUGACCAGAGUCCUCUUUGCCUUCUGAGAGCCCAGAAGUCUCCUAGCGCAGGCCACUGCCAGUGCUGUGGCAGCGAAGCCCCAGCCUGCUCUGCCCACAGGACAGAUUCCUGUCUGCAGCGGGCCAUCCACCUGUCCUGGUGAGAGCUGGGGGGUAGGGCCUGGGGGAGCCACUUCCUUAAUUCAGAACAGACCCGCUGCCUGUCCCAGAGUGCCCAGGCCUCCCCUGCACUCCCUGCAGAAGUGCCCAGGCUGUGGACAGGCAGCACCAGGGGACAGGGCACCCUGGGGAGGACAGUGAGGUGCAUGUGUGCCUCAUUGGCCGCCAGGCUUCCCUCCCUCCUGCCUCUGGCUGUGGCCACACCCCAGCACUCAGGGCUGGGCCUAGUGCAGGCUGUUUCUUGGGGGGCCGGGGGGCAUGGUGGGAAUCGAUCUUCACCGAAGGACAUGAACGAAGUGAAUGGUUUGGUUCCCUGCGGGUGGGUGGAGCCAGGGAGAGGCAGACACAUGGUGGUUGACCUGAGCCCUGCCUCAGAGCGGUCUCCUACCCUGGCUGCCCCACAACCUCCCCAACGUUACAUUGUAAUAUACAGCCCCCAAUAACCCCCUGAUGGUGGCAUCUUCCUGCAGACAUUUCAAACAUGUAACUUUUAUAUGAAAGAAAAAUAAACAGGUGAAAGCUGU